AUGCUAUUUGUUCUAAUAUUGGAAGAUAUUCUCCUACGGGGUGGUAAUGCUGUUGAAGCAGCAAUUGCAACAGCUUUUUGUAUUGGAAUACAAGAUCCACAUUCUGCUGGUUUGGGAGGAGGACAUUUAAUGACUAUUUAUAAUGCUACAACAAAGAAAUGCCAUGUUGUCGAUGCUAGAGAAGUAGCUCCUUUAAAUUCAACUGAAGAUAUGUUUUUUGAUAGAAAGAAUGCUUCUAGAUAUGGGUAUGAAGCUGUUGCCGUACCGGGCGAAUUACAUGGAUUUUGGACUGAAUAUAAAAAUUUUGGUGGAAAUUUAGAAUGGAAAACGCUUGUUGAACCAUCAAUUCAACUAUUGGAAGAAGGUAGCUACAUAAGUUCUCCAACUUCUCAUGUUCUUGCUCGACAGUUACAAAAUCAUAAACAACGAAUUCUUUCAAAUAAAUUAUUAGCUUCUAUAUUUACAAAUCCAAAAACUAGCCAUUUAUUUGCUGCUGGAGAACAGAUUAAUACAAGAAAUAAAUUGGCAGAUACUUUGAGGAUAUUAGCUAAUUCCUCCAAUCCUUUAGAAAUUUUUUAUAAAGGAGAAAUUGCAAGGAGUAUUUCAAAAGAAUUUGAAAAAAAUAAUGGAAGAUUAAUAUUUGAAGAUUUUAACAAUUACAAAUCAAUUAUUCGAUCAGAUAAAGAUAUUAUUUAUACUAAACUUCCUAAUGGAAGAACAAUUUGUGGACCACCUCCACCAUCUGGAUCAGCAGUAACUCAAGGAAUUAUAAAUAUUUUAUCUAAAAUGGAAUUCAAUUUAACUACAAUAUCUGGCUCUGUCGAUUAUUUUCAUUCUUUUAUAGAAGCUUCUAAAUUUGCAUAUUCAAUUCGAGAUUCGUUAGGUGAUAUUGACUUUGUACCCAAUUCUCUUAAUUUAUCACAUUUAUUAACUAGCCAAGAAUGGGCUGAGAAUGUUCGAACCCAUCCAGACAGUUAUUAUCAAGAAGGAAAUGCCCAUCAAGCAUUACCAGAAGAUCACGGUACUUCACAAAUAAGUGUUAUUGACCGUUGGGGAAAUGCUGUUUCUAUAACUACAACAUUAAAUAUAGCAUUUGGAUCUUUUGUUUUAAGUAAAUCAACGGGGAUAAUAUUUAAUGACCAAAUGGAUGAUUUUUCGACUAAAGGAAUGCCAAAUUAUUGGGGUUAUCCACCCUCUCCCCAAAAUUAUAUUGAGCCGGGAAAGAGGCCAAUGAGUUCGAUGAGUCCAAUUAUUGUUUUUAAUGAAAAUGGAAAGGAAGCAUUGGCUAUAGGAGCUUCUGGAGGUUCAACAAUAAUUUCUGGAGUAGCUUUAACUACUUUUAAUAUUCUUAAAAUUGGAAUGAAUAUUAAAGAAGCUAUCGACUUUCCUCGAUUGCAUAAUCAAUUUAGACCAAAUUUUACCAUGUUUGAAGAAAGAAUACCCGAGAAAUUAAAAGAAGGAUUGAAAGAACGUGGACAUUAUUUUGAUAAUUUAGAUUGGCUUAAUGUUGUGGUGGGCGUGCAUCAAGCUGAAGAUGGAAUUAUUUAUGCUAAUAGCGAUUGGAGAAAGGGCUGGGAAAGUCAACCAGCUGGUUAUUGAAUUUAUCGUCUUUUUUGUACAUAAUUUCAAUUUUACGAAAAUAUAUACAUAUGUAGUAUAUGUAUUUAUGGAAAGAACACAAACUUUUACAACAUUGUUAAAGUGCUUGAAUAAACGUUUAAA